UAUUUAAACACCACAUCCUGAACGUUCUGCAUCUGUUCUGCAUGAGGACGAUCAGGAGCUCAACAUGACAACCCAAACUACAGUAACAAUUUUGGCGCUUGAUGAGCCGUUUAAGGAGCAGUUCAAUUGCUGCAUCUGUCUGGACAUCUACACCAAGCCUGCCACCAUCCCAUGUGGACACACCUUCUGCCUGGACUGCAUCGACGGCUUCUGGGACACUAAGACCAAGGCUGAGUGUCCGCUGUGCAAAGAGACAUUCAGAAAGCGUCCACAACUCAGGAUCAACCAAGGAUAUGAACAAAUCAUUGAAUUAUAUAAAAGGUCUCAGGAGGAGAAUGUUGACGGUGUGGGAAGCAGGAAAACUUCCCCAAUCCCACUUUUCGAGCCUGAAGAGAUUCCCUGUGACAUCUGCCAUGGAGACAAGUCUCCAUCAGUCAAGUCUCCAUCAGUCAAGUCGUGCCUCGUGUGCCAGGCGUCUUAUUGUGAACUUCACCUCACACCACACCUGAGGGAUCCAGCGCUGCACAGACACCAACUUACUGAUCCGGCCACCUUCGCCACCAGUCACCUCUGCAGAAAGCACCAUGAGCCGCUGACAAUGUUCUGCAAGAAGGACCAUAAGCCUGUUUGUGUUCAAUGCACAGAGAGGGCACACAAACACCACAAGACCGUCCCCAUGGAGGAGGAGAACAAGAGGGUCAAGAUUCGUUUGAGAGAGAUGAUAUCCACCAUUCAACCAAUGAUCCACACCAGACUGAGAAAAGUGAAGGAAAUACAAAAUUCUGUGUCUGUAAGCAGAGAAAUCACAGAGAGGGAAAUAGAGAGCAGCGCUCAGAUCUGCAGCAUGCUGAUAAGCGCCAUCGAGAGACAGCAUGCCGGGCUGGUCGAGGAGCUGGAGAAGAGGCAGCAAGAAGCUGAGAGGAGAGCUGAGGAGCUGUUCCAGGAGCUGGAGGAGGAACUCAAUGAUCUGCAGAUGAGGAGCAGCGAGCUGCAGCACCUGGAGCACACUCGGAACCCUGUUCACCUCGUACAGAGUUUCCCGUCUCUAAGACGACUCCCUCAUACUAGAGAGUGGUCUGAGGUUGCAGUCCACUCAGAUAACUGCAUGGGGGUGGUGAUGAGAGCCGUCUCCAAGCUUGGAGACAUCUGCCAGGAACUUGCCAACAAACUGUCUGCAGAAGAAACAGACAAGAUGGAUCAAUAUGCAGUCAAUGUCACUGUGGAUCCUGAGACUGCUUCAGGCUGGCUGGUCCUGUCUCCAGACAGAAAGAAGGUGAGAGUCAGCAGCAAGAAGAACAAUUCUCCACUCCCAGACAGUCCUCAGCGCUUUGACUCCUGCGUCUGUGUUUUGGGGAAACAAAGCUUUGCAUCUGGAAGACGCUACUGGGUUGUUGAGGUUGGGGAUAAAACAGACUGGGAUCUUGGCGUGGCCAGGGAGUCCAUCAACAGGAAGGGGGCCAUCACGGUGCGUCCCGACAGCGGUUACUGGGCGAUCUGCCGGAGGAAAGGUAGCAGUCUCAGCGCCUGUGCCGGUCCCUCCGUCGCCCUCCACCUCCAGGAAACCCCCAAGAAAGUGGGCGUGUUCCUGGACUACGAGGAAGGGUCGGUGUCCUUCUACGACGCUGAAGGAAAGACCCACAUUUACACUUACAGCGGGUGUGACUUCACUGAGCUCCUCUACCCGUACUUUAACCCCUGUGUUCAAGAAGAUGGGAAGAACACCGCCCCGCUGAUUAUCUGUCCUGUUGACGGAGGAGUCAGGGAAUGACGGGACAUAACCCUUGAGUCAGCUGCAUGAUGUGUCAUAAGAAAGGAUGAUGCUAACUGAUGUAAAAAAAAAUAUAUAUAUAUUAUAUAUAUUAGGCCUAUAUUUAUUGUACUGCAAUAAUAUUUGACCAACACUGGCCUGCAACAGGCCAACAUCCAUGAGUAAAGAUUUUUAUUUUAUUAUUCAAAAUAAUCUUUACAAAAUUAUAUCGCACUUGUACAUAAAUGUAAAUAAAAUGUGUAAAUGUUGUUGAAUGCACUGCAAAAGGUCAUUCCAUAGCCUAAAUGGGCAAUGGAGAACUUAAAAUUGUGAAACUGAAAAUAAAAGUUACGUAUUGAAGAUAA